AUGUUUCGCCGAGGACUAACUAAGCUGUGCUCUCUUCGGACCGUCAGCUUCCGAUUACCGGACAGAAAAUACAAGUCGUUGGCAAACACUUGUCAAAAGCUUGUCAACACCGAUUUUAAACCAGUUUGUGCCAAUCAGUAUCAAUCUCCUGUAGUUCUCAAAAACGGGAGCUGUUUGGAAUCUAAAAGAUAUUUUAGGUAUGUUCGCCAUUGUAAUAUUGAAUAACUGACGUUUUAAUUUAAAACGUUUAUUCAUUGUACUUAAACAUAAGCUUUGAUGGAAAUUAAACGAUCAAAGGAAAUUACAAUACAGGUUAUUACACAAUUUUAAGCUAAGGGUCUCACUUUGAAACCUGACAUAAAUAACUAUAUUUUGUGUACAUAUUUUAAAAUGUAUUGAUAAGUUUUCAUUCAGUUAUCGGGUAAUUAAAUUUUAAACCCAAUCCUGAAUGAAACUUUCAUUGUAUAUGUAAUAUGAAAUGUUUUAAUUUCAAUUUAGAGUUUCACCGGUGAACAAGUUACCAUUAACUAAAAUUAUAACAUUGGUACUGCACCCGGUCACCAAAAUUUUGGCCAUAUUUUUGGGAAUAUAUAUACGUCAAUGGUGGUUAAAACUAAGUACGGAAGAGAAACGUAAAUUUUGGCAUGAUGUACACAAUUAUCGCAAACAAAUAACUGCUGCUAUAGCUAGUUGCAUUGGUUUAAUUACUCUAUACUAUGCUACUCACAUAGAAAUAGACCCAAUAACCGGAAAGCGUAGGUUGGUUCUAUUUUCGGAGAAACAAAUAAUCGAACUUGCCAAUGCAAUAGCUGAUGAUUUAUUAAAUGAACACCAACAUACAGUGUUUCCGCCAUCACAUCAGUACUACAGGCGAGCAUUAUACAUAGCAAUACAAAUUAUCAAUGCAAAUACAGCUUACGAUCAUAUUAAUGAUCGCAAAUGGUUUUUAAUAAUCGUUAACAAUCCGGAAUUAAAUGCAAUGGUUUUACCAAACGGCCUGAUUAUGGUUUAUUCAGGGCUGUUAGAUAUGGCCAAUGAUGCAGAAAUCGGUAUUGUUUUAUCGCAUGAAAUGGCUCAUUGUUUACUUAACCAUCAUGCUAUGUUUUUAAGCCUGAAACGUUUACUUGAAACGCUUUGGCUAUUACCAGUUGUAUUAUUAUGGGCAGUCUUUCCGAUACCAGAUGCCAUUUUGGGUUAUUUGUUAAGUUAUUUCUUAAAAGAUAUAACAAUUUUAUUACCUUAUGAACGUAACCAAGAAAUCGAAGCAGACAAGUAUGGUCUAAUGCUAGCGGCCAACGCGUGUAUAGAUAUUCAACAAGCACCACAACUUUGGAAGAAAUUUGAAAAGAUGAAUCCAAUCAAUCAUAAAGAAGUAUGGUGGUUAUCUACACAUCCGUCUAACCAAACUCGAAUUAAAUAUAUUGAAGAUCUUUUACCGUAUGCAUUGGAAUUAAAAAAACAACAAAACUGCCCAGACUAA